CUCGACACAUUUUCACAGCGAUCACUUCGCGGCCUCUCACUACUACGGUCAUGUUGCACCUUCCACUGUGCUCCAUUCUGGAUCACCGAGCUGGUGAUGGCCGCUAACAACGAUGCGGGUCCCUUGCUUUUUCUGACGACUUCAACCGGGUCAGCACCCAGCGGCCGGAACGCAAGAGCCCAUUCUCGAGCAACGAGCGCGAAACGAUCGAAUCCUGCCGCAGCUCACUAUGGGUCUUUCGGCAGUUUCGCUGUGAACAAGAAGCAUAAGCCAGGAUCGAACGAAGAUACUGGAUCCGCGAGUAGCACUGAAAGUUCUUUCCCGAAGGCUUCCCAGGUGAAGCGAAGGAAGGUUGCGCCAGAUGGCGAUGUUGUCUUGAGCAGAUCCUCUGAAAGCACGGGAUGGCUAGCUGUUCGCCAACAAGAGCACUUUGGAUCUUUAUUGCCUCCGCUUCGGAUCUUAGCAACGCAUUUUUCGAAUGGAUGCACGCCUUUGCCACCCAACGUUGAUCUGGACAACGUGCUGAAAGUGGCAGCAUUCCACAUUCGUCGAAAGGCCGCUCAGCUUCUGGAAUCAGAACCAGAACGAGCAUUGGAUGCCCUGCGGUGUCGGCAAUGGUGUUCCGUGCCGGCCACGAUGGCAUCUUUGGGCCGCAGUCCAUACCUCGACGGAGCUAUUGCAUGCGUGGUCUCGAAAGUCCAGCAAGUGGUCUCAGGCGCUCCCAGUGAGCAGCGUAUCUUGAUCUGCUAUACGGACGCACUACAUCUUUUACGGGCGGCAGUGCAAGAUUCUGCUACCCACGAGAGAGUCGACAUGUUGGCCGCCUCUCAACUGUUAGCGGUCUACGAGAUGCUCGACUCUCCCACUUCUUCAGCAUGGGCUCGCCAUAUCGCCGGAGUGGCCGCAAUGUCCAAACUCCAAGCCACGCGAAAAAACGGCAUCCUGACAUCCGAACAAGCAGCACCCAUGUUCGUUGAAGCUCUUCUCAAUGACGACGAUGGCUUUUUCGAAAGCAAGCAAUGGAAAGCUCUUCUGCAGAUCCUUACGAACAAGCAAUCUCUGAAUCCACAGUCCACAGGCGAAACGCUUUCCUGCUUUCGCUCCCUCCGCAUCCUCUUCGCAGACUGGAAAUCUGCCACCCGCAUAUCCCUCGGCUGGGAAGUACGCUUCAAUCUCCUCGCUCAAGCUCAUGAGCUCCGAGCACAUUUCAAGAAUGUCGUUUUCCGAAAUGAACAUCGCUUCAUGACGCGGCAGCAAAUCAGCAAAGGAUGCGAUGUUCUCGGACUGUGCCUUGUCAGCAUCAUGAUGCUGGACCGAUUGAUCUUGACGCUGAGGCAGACGAGUACGUGGCAAGGGCACAAUCUGGAAAUCGAUACGCAGGAGUUGUGCACGCAGGUCAUUAGACAUGAACUGGACACGGCGGAAGCUUUUCCUGCGAAGGAUCUUUUGAGAGCAUUCCAGAAGCAGCAUGAUUAUCCGCUGCUGGAGUAUGAUAGUUGAGAAAUCUUACAUUAUGAAGGAGAGAGAUGACAAGGGAGGGUACACAUAAGAGUCACGCCGCUGGGCGUGUUUAUCGCUAACUUUCGUACAUGAAUAAAUCAUCAGCCGCAUGCAUAGCAGUACAUCACAUCUUUGACUUCCUGCCCGACUUCACUCCCUCCACCGGUGCUCCACUGAGCAGAAAGUCAGGAUACUC